AUGGCACAAUCAUCAUUCGUGGUGCUUUGGGGACGAUCUUCAUACACUGUUGUCCAUCUUAUCGAUUUGCAUAGAAUCCUAUCACCUCGUCUGGCUGUCCUUCGACUCCCAGCUGAUGACUCGGAACUUGAUGCAUUCUAUGAAGAUUUGGAGGAAGUCAACCGUAAAGAGAAGUCCUCCUGCAAUGUCGUGGGUUGCUUCAAUGCGAACAUCGGGAUGCCAGAAGAGGGGAUGGGAGCCGAAAGCUGGAAGAGAAGAUGUGUCACUAGUUGGAAGAAGGAGAGAAAUCGUGUACUCAACUUGGAGGAUCCUGUCUACUUGUACUGGCCCAUCGAGAAGGACCCAGCGAAAAAUUGCGACCUGCUUCUCAGAGAAUUGAGAAGAAAAACAAAGAAAAUGAUUGUCUGGGCCGCUUUCGUGCUCCUAGAGGAAGCCACAGCACAGCUGAAGAACCCAAAGCUUCAAUGCCCACCUGUUCGAUUCAACCAUUCUCCCUGCGUAUUACGCAGCAGAGACGUAGCCUGCUAA